AUGGGGCGCGUCCUCGGCCGGCCCAUGGAGGACGUCCGCGCCACCUACAGCUUCGGCCGCGAGCUCGGUCGCGGCCAGUUCGGGGUCACCUACCUCGUCGUCCACCGCGAGACCGGGAAGCAGUUGGCCUGCAAGGCCAUCGCCACCCGGAAGCUCGUCCGCCAGGACGACCUCGAUGACGUCCGCCGCGAGAUCCAGAUCAUGCACCACCUCACCGGCCACCGCAACAUCGUGGAGCUCAAGGGAGCCUACGAGGAUCGGCACUCGGUCAACCUCGUGAUGGAGCUCUGCGAGGGCGGGGAGCUCUUCGACAGGAUCAUCGCCAAGGGCCAUUACUCCGAGCGAGCGGCCGCCGCCCUCUGCCGAGAGAUCGUCAGCGUUGUCCAUGCCUGCCACUCCAUGGGCGUGAUGCACCGGGAUCUUAAGCCAGAGAACUUCUUGUUCUUGAACAGGAGAGAGAAUUCACCACUCAAGGCCACCGAUUUCGGGCUCUCUGUCUUCUUCAAGCCCGGAGAAAUAUUUAAUGAUCUUGUUGGAAGUGCAUAUUAUGUUGCUCCUGAAGUUUUGCGGCGGCAGUAUGGAGCAGAAGCAGAUAUUUGGAGUGCUGGAGUGAUACUGUACAUCCUUCUUUCUGGUGUUCCUCCUUUUUGGGCAGAGACUGAGGAUGGUAUAUUUGAUGCUAUAUUACAUGGUUAUAUUGAUUUCUCAUCUGAUCCUUGGCCUUCUAUAUCUCCUGGUGCAAAAGAACUGAUCAAAAAGAUGCUAAGAGCAGAUCCUACAGAACGACUUACCGCUGCUGAAAUUCUGAACUAUCCAUGGAUGAAAGAAGAUGGUGCACCUGAUAAGCCACUUGAUCUUGCAGUUAUGAAUAGAAUGAAGCAGUUCAGAGCAAUGAACAAGCUUAAGAAAGUGGCACUGAAGGUCAUAGCAGAAAGUUUGUCAGAGGAUGAAAUUAUGGGCUUGAAAGAGAUGUUCAAAUCAAUUGACACUGACAAUAGCGGGACUAUAACUUUUGAAGAACUGAAAGCAGGCCUACCCAAAUUGGGUAAUUUGGGCAUCAAGAUUUCUGAAUCUGAAGUUAGGCAGCUGAUGGAGGCAGCUGAUGUAGAUGGAAAUGGAAGCAUUGAUUAUAUUGAAUUUAUAACAGCUACAAUGCACAUGAACAGAGUGGAAAGAGAAGAUCACUUGUACAAGGCAUUCGAGUAUUUUGAUGAAGACAAGAGCGGGUACAUCACUGUUGAGGAAUUAGAGCAAGCUCUCAAGAAGUAUAACAUGGGUGAUGAGAAAACAAUAAAAGAGAUAAUUGCAGAAGUUGAUACAGACAAGGAUGGAAGAAUUAAUUACGACGAGUUUGUAACUAUGAUGAGAAAAGACAGUUCAGAGGCCAUUCAGACCAGGCGGCGUAAGUAAGACUUUUGUUGAUAUGGUGAUUACAAAGCUUGUGUGUUCACUAUUUGUGGAAGAAAGGCAGGUCAGGAGUUGCAUUCAUCUGCGGAAGGAUCUCAGUUUCUAGUAGAGAGGAGUUUGAUCUCAGUUGCAUUCAUACGGUUGCAACUUGAAAUAUUUAGAGCCAUGUGCAGAUCGAGUGUAAUAGAUUCCUCAGCAGGAGAGCGUUUCAUGCAUUUUGUACAACGAACAGUCCUGUCCUGUUCAUGGAUCUGCAACUGAAAUCGAGCUCCACCUUCCCUUUUGGCCUUCCUCAGAAUUAAUCGAAUUGGUUGUUCUUGGAUGAUGAAUGGAAUUCUUGGUAUCAGGAAAGAACGAUCUGCCAACCCAACUGUGAGUAGCAGUUUUCAA